AUGUACACGUGGCUCAGAACGUGGCGAGCAAACAGCCGUUUGUUCGGCAGAGAAAAAUCGAUGCUUUCGCUUGCUACCAUCGCAUGGCGGUACUCUCACCUCAUCCCAUCUCUACUCGGUGCCUCCCUGAAACGUUCUUGUGAGUAUGCAAGUGAGUGGGUGAAUGUGUUAAGCCAUUAUCAGACGUUGCUUACAUUCCCAGUUGGUUUGAAACACAAUAGUAAGCGAGCGAGUCACUCGUUAUCUUCAGUAGCGGUUUUCCCAAGUAAUACAUGCUCAGGAUUCUCUGAGGUUACACGUUUGAACGUGCGUGCAUUAUCUGCUGUAUGA